AUGGACUUGCGUUAUAUUCACAGGUUGUGUCCCCUCAAGCGUUCGAUCCCUUUUGUCAGCGAGGCUUGCACCGUCAACCUGUGUCAGUGCGCAGUCAUGACUCACACCACCAUCACCAACCCUCCCACAGUCCUCGACGACGACCUGCAGCGAAUCGUCCACGAGAUUCUCAGGUCCGCCUCGGACAGUGACGACUUCGACGACGAUGAUGACAGCAGCGACCUGCCAACGAAUCAGGGGAAGCUAUCGACGGGGUUACGCAAAAAGCUGCUGCAGUCGCUGAGCACCGCGCUGCAGACGGAGCGAAACCACUGGAAGGACAAGCUGCAUGCAACUCUGCAGGAGAUGGACCGUCAGCGCCGCGACUACGUCACACUGCAGGCCGCCCUGCACGACCUAGCAACCGCCUGCGGCAUCCGUACCACGCACACUCCGGAAGUCGACGACACCACCAGCAGCUGCUCAACGACAGACCUCCUCACCGAGCUACACGACUACGUGCAGAGGAUGCAGAUGGUGGAGGAGAAAGCUACGAAGAACGACUUCCUGAAGAGCAGACUUCAGAUCCUUCAAGGCAGCCUUGCUCAGAUGGAGAGCGACAAGUCCGAGCAUCAGUCGCAGUUGAAGAAGAAGACGAAGGAGAUACUGUGGCUACAGAAGGAGCUGAACUCCAUCAAGCAACAGCUACAGAAGCUCCGACAGGUCGUCCUCAGCUACAACGAGUCUCAUUCCACCAAAUUUCACCUGUACGAUGUCAACGCUCCCACCGACAAAGAGUUAUCUCGCAGGGCUCUCACCCGAGAGACGACGUACACGGAAGGAGACCAGCCUCUGGAUUACGUCCCUUUCGGGGGCGAUGUCGCCGUCAGGAAACCUCGGGGUCAACAUAACAAGUUCUUUCCUGCGAAAACCAUAGGAAAUAAAGGCAUAAGCCAGUGCCUGAGAUGCCAGCAGCUGUUCAAACCUAACGAGAACAACCACCUGGCUUGUCGCUAUCACAAGAAAGGGAGAGAAAUCAAAGAGCAGUACGACCUCACAGGCCGCCUGUGUAAGGUUUUCUAUAAGUGGGCCUGUUGUAAGCAAGGCUUGAAUAUACAGGGAUGUUCUUACGGCUAUCAUGUCUGACAUGGGGAUUACAAGGCUCCAGUUAGUCAGAUAUUUGCAUCAGUGCACGGACAUGGCUUAUAAUAAUAUAUUGUGUCAGUAAAUGAACUUGGCUCAUUAUAUACAGAGAGAGAGAGAGAGGGGAGGACCAAAUGUUUUAUUUACUUUGUAUUUUCGACAAACACUUUUACGUUAAAUAAUGUAGUUCAAGUGUUUUAUAGUGCUAUAGUGCUCACCAAAUGCAACUGAACUUUGUCACGGUUGCAUGCAAAUGUUUGGUUGACUAGCGCUUAUAAACAUUUUGUGGGAGAGACCUCUCGAGAGUAGUAAACUCUACCAACGAUCGACCUUCUUGCAGCUGUGGUUGAGUAACUGAAUGUGGCCAUUGUUCAUAAUGACACAAUGGGUUAAAUUAACUGAAAUAUUUUCACUGCUGAGACUCGUUUAAAGAAAAGAAUCUCAUAGAAUCUCCAAGAAGGGGAUGGCUCAUGAUGAAUAAUUAGGAAUAAGCUGCAGAUUUUUAGGAUAGUUUCUUAAAUGCCACUUUUUGGGUUGCUAAGAAAAACUUAUUCAUAGCAACUAUAGUACGUUUAGAAACAUACUUCGCCCAACAUUGUAAAACAGGAAACGCAAGUUCAUUGGCCUGGUAUUGCUACAAUUAAAAGUUUGAAGAAGGAUCAUUGAUUUUCGUCUGAAUAAUAUGUAUGAUGAGAACACUAGAACUAUUUCUCAAUAUACCAUGAAAAAUGUCUCCAUGUUCAAAGUA